GUGUAAUCUUGAGGAGAUCAUUUCUCAUUUUAUUCUUUGAAACAAACGUUCCCUCUUCCCCUGUCAGAGGUUCGUGAUUUGUGUUACCACCACACCCUCCACCACCUCCAGGCUAACCGUUUGAAAGUUUAUCGUCCUGAAACAAUGUCUGUCUGCCCUCUCCACGCAGAAGGAUGUUCAGGAGAAGUGGAUUGGGGAGUUCCGCCCUAGCAAGAGCCCAGGCCCAGCUCUCUGGACAGAGAAUAUCAGGAAUCUUCGAAGACUCUGGGGACGAUCUGCGGGAAUAUAUGAGCACACUGUAUAAGAAAAACAAUACUCUGAAGGUUAAUCCAUUCAACUUGCGUGAAAUUAGUGACUUAAGUGAUUUUUCAACAGCGGAUACUGUGGACAAAGAAUGGAAGGAGCAUCGAUAUUCAAAAACUGCAGCCACUGCAGUGCCAAUAGAAGGUAUCAGGGAGCUGGCAUUGACAGGCAGUCGAUUCUUGAAAAAGCCAAGCAAACUGGCAGUAUCACAAAGUCCUACUGUGAGCAAGAGCACGUUGAAGAAAGUUAAUGAGGUAAAUACAAGAAGACCAGAUGCUGCCUCUGUGUUGAGCAAAUCUCCCAGUGCCGUGCUUGCCAGAUUGGCACAAAUAGAAAGCAGAAUCAUGAACAGAAGACUGAAUGCACACGUGACCGAUUCUGAUGAGUAUUUGUGCAGUUCUGAUGAAAAGCAGAUUUCUCCCAAGUCAAGCAGUGAGUUAAGUGGAAAAGGGAGCAGGUUCUUGAAGAGAACUGCAACAAAGCAGGAAGUUAAUGUCAGGGAUCUGAAGAAAGAAAUUGGAUCUUCAAAGAAAGACCAGCAGAAUGGACAUCCUAAAUCUUCAGGCAGAGUGGUCAUGGUCGACAGUGACGAGGAGGAAAUGAAAAGGAUGCUAGGAGGCGCCUUUAAAUUUGCUGAUGAAACUGAACUAACAAAAAAAUCACACAAGACUCCACAACACGGUUCCAAGUUACAUAAUCAGCCUAUCAUGACAAACCACCAGAGGAGCCAGUUUAAAAUGCCCUCACCACCCAGUGUGGGCACCCCUCUGAGUCAGUCUCCACGGAUGAGGUUUGUGAAACAAUGUCCAUUUUCCUCAUCUGAACAAAGUGAGAUUAAGUCUCUGGAUGAACUGUUUACUGAACCCUCUCUUGCUGAGGAUCUGAAAAAUCUGGAUAGUGAGUCCUCUAAUGAGUUUAGGCUAAAUAUCUUGACUUUGGAAGAUUUGGUGCCAACUGUAGAACAGAAAAUGAACAAAGAAGCACCAGCUGUGAAGAAUGAAGCAAACCAAUCCUCUGAUGUUCAGAGCAUACAGUCGACUUUUUGCACCACUGGGCUUCAUGUGGCAGAUGAACUAGUCAGUCCAGAUGCUCAACCUAGCACACUUUCAAGAGAGAAGGAUGAGAGUGAACUUGAAAGUGAUAUAAUGACAGAAAGUGCUAUAAUUGGAAGUGAAAUCACUGAACAGUUGAAUGGGAGUCCUUUAUCAAGGAAGGAAAAAAACUUUCCAGAGAACCUACACGAACAAUUAAAAACAGAUGAUGAGAGCACUCUGUGUUCUGAAUACUCGGAGGACUUUGAAAAUUCAGAUUAUGAAGUUGCCUCAGUAAACAAGGACCAGAGCGAAUCAUGUGCUGAGAAGUCAUCUAAAGAGGAGUUAAAGACAGAUUACUCAGAUAACAGUACUUCCCAUUCAACCUCUUCAACUCCAACUCCAGAUCAGUUGAAGUCAGCAGCAAGCUCUGAAUCUCUCUAUUCAUUGGAAAAGGAGCAAGUGAUAGGUCUGACUAAAGUGGCUGUAAAAGAUACAGCAAUACAGACCCAGCCAUCUGGCAUGGCCUACACUUGGUCCAGAGAUGAAGGUGUCGCAGUCCUUGGAGCAUCUCUUGGAGCUGCAUAUGUGGAUCCCACCCCUAUUGCUAGUCAUGUUAUUAGCCCUGAUGCAAUGGAAGCAUUGACUGCAUAUAGUCCUGCUAGCUUUGCUCUGAAUGAUAUGCUGAAACAGCAGCUCACUCUAAUUCAACAGUUUGUGCAAGUCAGUCGGCAUCUCUACUUAUCUGUUGUGGCCUCAAUAGAAAAGGACAACUACCAUUACACAACUUUGGACGAAACAAAAGAGUUUAUCAGACGUCAUAGGUCGCCACCACUUACCUUGGAUGAGGCCUUGGAAGAGGUACAGCAGGAAAUGAAGCAAUAUCACUGUUAAUGAUGACUAACAAGAGUGAGAAAUAAAUACUACAAUGUUAGUAAUGGAGAGAAAGAGCAACUCCUGCAACUGGCACUCCUAUCCAAUGUCACCUGUAAAUUAUUUAAUAUUCUAAUGCUCACUUAUGCACACAGCUUUUCAAACUGAUUCUGUGCAUUUAGAAGUGGUUUAAUUCUGCAAUUAACAUACCACUUGUUGCAACAAAGCAGGUAUGGAUGAGAAAUAUAAAUAAUCUUUCUUUGUACAAAUGGACCCUAUUAUCCCUUCUUAACUCCAACAUUGAGUAGAAUCCGUUGAAGUUUCAGUAUUUUUCUAUCAGCAAUAUUUAUAUGCUUUAUGCAGCUUCUCUACAAAAUUGUUUCAUGUUGUAACAAGUAUGUAUGAAUUGGUUACUUAAAAUCUAUUAAUGAAUGUCUCAAAGUAUUUCACAACCAUUUAAUUCCUUUGAAAUGUAGCCACCUUUGUGAAUGUGGUACCCAUUUUGCACAAGAUUCCAUGCCCCCCCCCCAAAUGACAUAACCAACUUAUUUCUUUGUGAUACUGGUUGAAUGAGGAACUUCAGGUAGGAGAUCCACUGUUUAUGUCAUUCAUAUGCACUCACCUGAACAGGCAUCCAGGGCCUCAGGUUUGAAAUUUUGUCUGACACUUAUAUUGCUGUGUAGAGCAAUCCUUCAGUAUUAUAUGUGUUAACCUAGGUGAUAUGUAGACUGGGGCGACAAACCACAUUCAUCUUUCUUAGGAGAGAGCACCACUGUCUGCGCUUACAUUUGAAGUUCUACAUCCAAUUUCCUGUUUUGUCAAUAGGAGUCCUGAAUUUGUGAAGUUAGCAGCAACAUCACUGGAUACCUAUAAAGCUGAGUAUUUUUAAAUAAAACUUCCUUGUUUGAAAUUCCUCUUCAUAUCAGGCCAUUUUACAUU